GGAGGCUCUUCGCGGUGACCCCACUGGUUCGGCGACAUCAGGUUCUACUCCCUCAUCAAGGGCGAUAAAUGCGCAACCGGCACGUCCCUCCUUCUCAUCCCAAUCCCAUCCUAUCGCCUCGUCAUGCCUUUCGACUCCCCAUUCCUGCCGCCCAACUUUAUCUCGUCCACCGUCGCCCCGCCAAUCCUCGGAUUCAUGAUAUCCGCGCCCUUGUACGGGAUCCUCCUCGCGCAGGCCGGGCAUUAUUUCAGGACUUUCCCGGAUGACAGCACGCGCGUCAAACUCGUGGUCGGGUCACUCGUGAUUAUCGAUACCGUUCACGUCGUCAUUCUUCUCUCGUCAUACAAUCAGUGGUACAUUCAGGAGUCGUUCCAGCUGGUGCUCCCCAAAUCGUUCAGCUUUACGCCGCUGAUUACCUACAUCAUUGUGGCCAUUUGCCAAAUAACUUACGCGGCUCGGAUCUGGAUUGUCAGCAAAAAGAACUUGUGGAUUACUGGCACAGUGCUUUCCUUGGCUCUAGGUCAAUUCGCGAGCGGCUGCGUUGCUGGUCUCGAAGUCUACCUGAAUGGCCGGCCGUUGGUGGUGCACCAGUCUAAGCUCUUCAUUGUCGCAGAAAAAAUCGAACUUUCCACCAGUUUCGCAUGCGAUAUGGCUAUCAUGGCCGGAAUGGUGUAUUUUCUGAAGGACUCAUUGAGCGGAGGGACCGGCCGCACUUUUACAGCAACGGCUCAGAUUGUGAAUAGGAUUCUUGUGUAUGUUAUCGGAACAGGAAGUUUGACAAGCAUUGCGACCGCUGUAAAUCUUGCUCUCUGGUUGACGAUGCCUUCCAACUUUUAUUUCUUGAUCAUCCAUCUUGUUCUGAGCAAAUUGUACACAAAUUCUCUGCUUGUCAUGUUGAAUUCUCGCGCCAAGUUCCGUCGGGUUACCCAGCAAGAUGUUAUUGAACUAGGGACUAUACCACAAGGAGAUUGAUGGUGAAGUUAGCACUACUACUGUACUGCAUCUGAUUGUGAGCCCAUCAC